GGUACCUCUUGCCAGCAUCAGGGCUGCCCUUUCGGCGUCGCAAGCUGCAGGCGCGAGGCAGCCGGCUCCGACCGUAGGCGCACGCCUCCGCAUGCCUUCGCCGCGCGGCGACGCAGAAACACAGCGAUGCGGCUGCAAAACCUGGCUUUCGCAUGCGCCAUCACGGCCGCGGCUGCGCAAGACACCAUACAGAAACACCUCGUGGCCAAAAUAGAAGGGCUAGUAGAUGGCGACGCCUUCUUGAUGAAAACACGGCCCUUGACUCUGGCGCUCGAGCUUCUGGACGCGCCCGCGCCGGGGUCGUUAGCAGUCGAGGUCUAUAGGACGACGGGAGAAAUCGAAACCCGGUCCGUCGAGGGCCACGAGGCGUGCGCGCGCGUCGUGUGCGGCGACCAGGUCGAGCAGCGGUGCGUAUCGAUAGCGGAGGCGCAGUCGAUCAAGGUAUACACGUUGACGGGCGACAAACCUGGGAAAUGCGUGAUCACGUGCUGGAUCGGCUCUGCAGACGGAUCAAAUGACGCGUCGAGCCUGGAAGCGCGCGUCUUGGGCCGCGGGGACGAACUGGCGGCGAAGAACGUCUUGGGUCUGUGGCUCGGGCACGACGCGUCUGCGGCAUUGGUGAUCGAUGGCCGGGUGGAGCGCGUAAUAGAGUUCGAGCGCUUCUUCGAGGUGCGCUUCUUCGGGCUGCUGUGCGAGUCGGCGACGCGCGGCGAGGACUUGGAACGGGUCUUGCGGGAGGCGCUGCGCGAGUAUGUUGUAGAUCACGUGUCGUGGGUGCCCAUGUGGCCCGUCGACGACGCGUGCAAGCGGGAUUUGAGAAGCGCGGUAUCCAGAGCGAACCACGACGUGGCCCCGACCUGGGUCGAGGUCGACCACCACGCGUCGCACGCGACGCUCGUGCUGCACGACGCGCCCUUUUCCAACCCCCUCAUGUUGAGUUUCGACGGGGGCGGCAACGACGGCGUGGGGUUCGUCUACGAACGCGCCAACGACACCCUGCGGACGCUGGAGAAAAUAGAGUACAACUUCGGGGCGAGCUACGCGAAACUGGGCGUCUUUCUCGAAGAGGUCAGCGGCGGCAUCGACGCGUACCGACGGCGGUGCGCGAACCGGGACUACUCGACCAUCCUGCGGUGCGCGCUGGGCCUGGCGGGCAAGGUCAUGGGCUACGCCGGGCUCGGCCGGGUGCGGGACGAGUGGCUCGAGUACGCGCGGCACUUCAUGAAGUAUUCGGACGGAUUGAUUCGCAUCGCGCCGAUGGAACGAAUAGACGAGCCGUGGCUCGGGAGGGACGAGUGGGGCGAGCCGUGGGAGCGGGGCAUUACGCGCGACGACGUCUGGAAGCACCUCCCCGUGGACGACGCGUCCAACGCCACGACGCUUGACCGAGACUGGGCCGCCACGGCCCAGCGCGCGUUCGAGCUGGAGGUGCGGGCGCUGCUCGAGCCCUACUUUCUGACUGGCGCCCCGUACGACGGCCUCGCGAUGACGGGCGGCUGCGCGCUCAACGUCAUCGCGAACUCGUACCUGGAGCGGGUCUUCGCCGUCAACGUGUACGCGCCGCCGCACCCGGGCGACGGCGGGUUAAGCGUGGGCGCCGCGUGGCAGUUGCGGCGGCCGGCUUCCAGGAAACCGCUCCAGCACGCUGGGCCGGCGCUCUUUGAUCUGGACUCGCUGGAGGCGCACAUCGACGCAUUUUCGGAAAAUCACACGGAGAACGUACGUGUCCGUCGCCUCGACGAGGACGCGUUGAUCGAGGCGGUCGCGGACGCGCUGGCGGGCGGCGCGAUCAUCGGGGUCGCGCGGUCGCGGACGGAGUUCGGGCCGCGCGCGCUGGGGCGGCGGAGUCUCCUUGCCGUGCCCGUCGUCGGUGCGCGCCACGCGAUGAACGUCGUCAAGUUUCGGGAGUGGUGGCGGCCCUGCGCGCCUGUGGUCGCCGUUGAGGACGCGCUCCGAGUCUUCACGACGCUGCCGCGGUCCCCGUACAUGAGCUUCGCGCCCAAGCUCACCGCGGCCGCGGCCGCGGCGCUCCCGGACAUAGUCCACUUCGACGGCACCGCGCGGCCGCAGACCGUGGCCCCGACGGAUGACGCCUGGCUGCACAAGCUGUUGCUCGCCGUGAAGGCGCGGACUGGCUGGGCCGUUCUCAUCAACACGUCCUUCAACGCGCGAGGGAAGCCAAUCCUCAACACCGCGCGCGAGGCGUUGGCGCUCCUCCGCGACUCGCCGGCCAUGAGCGCCGUCGUCUUCGACGACCGUGUCGUGGAGCUCCCGGACCGGCCUCAGGCGCUUGCGGGGGAUCGGUCCUGCGCGGAUGAUGUCCCCGCAGCGUCGCCGAGCCUCCGCGGCACCACGAACAAGUAACUGUGGUUUUCUAGC